UAUUUUAAAAAAAAAUCUUAAUAGUGUUUGGUCCAUUAUUUGUUUAUUUUGGCUACUGUAAGGCUGAUUGAUUUAGAAAUUUAAAGCGGUUUUGUAGUAUUUUAUAUUUUGUCUGAAAAUUGAUGCUUGUUACUCUGUUAGAGUAGAAUCUUCUUUGUUCAAAGAGAGAAUGAGCUGCUCAACAGUCAUUGGUCACAGUUUUCUGAUUCUCUUCUUUUAUUAUGCAAGGAGACAGAUCUUAAUGAAAGUUCCUCAAUGAAACACUAAAAGCUUCCUACUGCCUGGAAGAACACGUUUACAGACCAAACUAAUAUUGCCUUUAAAAGGAGUGUGCACACAUCCGGAAAAUGCGCGAUGUUCUAAAGGAAAAGUCAUAACUGUUGUGUUAUUGUGUUAUUUUAUUAUGCUUUACUUGUAACAAAUAACUCAUUCUUUUUUUAUAACCCUCUUAUCAGCCUCAGAUCAAUCUCACCAAACUUACAGUCAGACGGUGGUUUCACUCCAUUGUAAUUAGAUCAUCUUUAUCUUGGUACAAUCUGAGGUCCCUAUUGGCCCUGGUUGCAGAACACAUGAUUAUUCCGUAACUGUUAAAUUGGGAUUUUCCUUCACUGAAAGAGGAAAUAAGGUCAAGGCCAUGGACGUCCUGUGAACAGAUAGAGGUGAGGACAUUUCCCACUGUGGGCUGGUAUCUCUGUGGUAACACUGUUCAGACUGAUGCAGCCUGUGUUUGUGCUCCUUGAUCUCUUUACUGGCACUGACUCAGCUUCGAUAUUUGCUGUGUAAAGAUGAAACUAGUCUUAAAUUACGAUCACAGGCUGUAAAAGAAGUAAAAUAUGCCAUAGAGUAGGUUUGCUUUUAUUUUUACUUUUAUUUAUGUGUAGACUAACCUUGAGCUAAUUGGCCAUGGUUUUAGUUUUAAUAUUAAGCUUUUUUUGUUAUACAUUUUUGCUAAAAUUAAGCUGGGUAUGUCCAUGUCUUAGAUGACUUUAAAAUUAAUAAACUAAAAUAAAUAUUUGGAUCAUUUUAACAGCUAAGCUUACAUCUGUAGUAGGUUUGUGAAAUUAUAUCUUUUCUUAAUUUUAUAUUAUAUAUUUUCGUUCAUUUUAUUGCAAUGUUUCAGCAACAAUUUAGCAACUACUUUCAUAUAGAUGACCUUUUAAAAGUAACUGUUAUUUCUUAGUCGUGUUUUUAACUUUCUAUUCAUGUUUCAUGGAUAAGAGGUUGGGUUGCCCAGGUUUAGGUAAGUUUGUUUACUCCGACCUCUGACCAGUGUGGCAGCAGAUCAAUAUUAAACAGAUGCAUUGUCAUCAUUAACCCUAGAAAACUCUCUCAUGUCCUGACAUUUUUUGUAAUGUCAGAACUUGACAUUACAAAUGGGGAAAUUAAUAUAACAUUAAUGUCUUAUCAUGGUAUCUAUUGUUGAAACUGUUAAAGUUAAAGAAAAUGAAAUGUUGCGUGGCUGAGCCCAUCACAGUCCCACCUGACGCACCUGACCAAACAGGGGUGUGGCAACAGAAGCUCUAUAAAUAAAAGCAAGUCAGGAAUUUCAUUCAUAACACCGACAAAGCCAGUCCAUUGAGCCGCAGCACUUCUUAACUAAAUCCACCUGACUCACUGGCUCAUCAUGUCCCGACUACACUCACUCCAUCCACUGACCUGCUGCGUGCUGCUGCUCCUCUUCUCCCCUUCGAUCUUAGGGGACAGCCGGCCUCACCUGGUCCACAGAGGAACAUCUGGCUGGAACAGGACGCAGAGCCAGGAGUUCCUGAUUUUGGAGGCUGUGAAGAUGGGAAUCCUGAGCUCACUGGGUAUGGACAGGGAGCCCAGGCUGGAGCAGAAGGCCCCAGAGCAGGAGUUGAGGAGGAUGUAUCAGCUCUUCAGAGAAAGACUGGGAGAGAUGAAAAGAAAUUCCAUUCAGCCGACGAGGGAAAGCAGGCAAUCAACACUUUCCACUGCUCUUUUUCCGACCACAGUGGAGCCACUUAAAGUGAUUCGGAGAGCAGAACAUCGGCCGUCACCUCAACACAUUCAAUGGUUCAGAGCUGUUUUCCAUAAGAACCCAAACAUCUCCAAUGGACUGAUACUAGCAGUGGCAGAACUGAAGAUUUCCAGAAAGAACCUAAACCAGACCAAGUUGAAUUUAGAGAUGAGAGACAACUUAAGAGUCAGAGUGAAUGGUAUAAAAGCAUUCAACUCUGAACCUCUGGUUCGACAUAAUGUUUCUCAUGAUGUAACGUUGAACCUGGGGCCUGAGGUGGAUGAGUGGCUGAGAACUGACGGUGGUCAGACUCUAGCAGUGGAUGUAGGAGUAGUUGGAAUCAAAGAAGUUCUUAACACAAAACCUUUGAUUUCACUGGGAUUAAGCUUCAGGCAGCACGAGGCAGAGGGACAGAGGAAGAGGACGCGGCGAUCGGACAAAGAGGACGGCUGUGAGCAAGGAUUGUGCUGCCGCAAAUCCAUCACAGUGUCUUUUAAAGACAUCGGCUGGGCGGACUGGGUGGUGGCGCCGUCUGAGUACACUAUGCAUUUCUGUGAAGGCACUUGCCCGCACAACUACAAACCAGCCAGCAUGCACACACAGGUGAAGUCCAGGCUGCACCAGAUCACCAGAGGGGGAACGCCACGGCCCUGCUGUGUGCCGGCAGCCUAUGAGCCCAUGGUUCUGAUGCACUACGACAGCACAGGGAAACUAAAACUGACACCUUUCGAUGACUUGAUUGUCAGUAAAUGUAACUGUGCCUGAGAGGUGUGAGGUCAUACAAACUACUACCAGAAAACCCUUAUCUUCAGGG